UUCUUUUUUUUUUUUUUUUAAUCCUAACUGGGAUUUUAGCUUAGUCUUUGAUUAUCAUGGUGGGCAGUUUUUGUUUUAGACAAUGUAUCUCUAUCUAUGUUAUGUGUGAUGUGUCUGAGAAUAAAGCUUCUUCUUUUUUACUUCAAGUCAGAUCCUUCGAUUCUGUUUUUCAAUUUUUUAAUCUAUACAAAUCUUUUCUAACCUCUAGUGUUUUACUAUUUAUAUAUAAAGUUUUUCAAAGGAAUCCUCAGCUGAAUUCGACUUCUAUUAGAGAUUCUAGACAUGGUUUUCAUAUUCUGUUGAUAACUACUUUGCAAUCGAUUCUUUAAUUUAAUAAGUCUUGAUCAUUUUUACCUGCAGGUGACUCUUAUAAGUUAAUGAAACUUGCGAUUCAUUGCAUCAUCGAAUAAUAGACAACAAUAGGAGGGAGGUUAAAUAGAUUUGUCUUUAAGGUUUAUAAAAUGGAAAAAAAGAGUGUACCAAACUCUCAUACAUUGUCUCUGGUUAGAGUGUUGAGAGGAAUAAUCUGUCUGAUGGUGUUAGUUUCAACAGCUUUUAUGAUGUUGGUAUUCUGGGGGUUCUUAUCAGCUGUAGUGUUGAGGCUUUUCAGCGUACACUAUAGCCGUAAAUGCGUUUCCUUCUUCUUUGGUUCGUGGCUCGCCUUGUGGCCUUUCCUCUUUGAGAAGAUUAACAGAACCAAAGUUAUCUUCUCUGGCGAUAAGGUUCCUUGCGAGGAACGAGUGUUGCUCAUUGCCAAUCACCGAACAGAAGUUGAUUGGAUGUACUUUUGGGAUCUUGCCCUGCGUAAAGGACAGAUUGGGAAUAUCAAAUAUGUGCUUAAGAGCAGUUUGAUGAGAUUACCUCUCUUUGGUUGGGCGUUUCACCUCUUCGAGUUUAUUCCUGUUGAGCGGAAAUGGGAAGUCGAUGAAGCAAACUUGAGGCAAAUAGUUUCGAGUUUUAAGGAUCCCCGAGACGCUUUAUGGCUUGCUCUUUUCCCCGAGGGCACAGAUUACACAGAAGCUAAAUGCGAAAGGAGUAAGAAAUUUGCAGCUGAAAAUGGCCUUCCUGUACUGAACAACGUGCUACUUCCCAGGACAAAAGGUUUCGUCUCCUGCUUGCAAGAAUUGAGUUGCUCACUUGAUGCAGUUUAUGAUGUGACCAUCGGUUACAAAACCCGCUGCCCUUCUUUCUUAGACAAUGUCUAUGGUAUUGAGUCAUCAGAAGUUCACAUUCACAUUCGUCGUAUCAAACUAACCCAAAUCCCAAAUCAAGAAAAAGACAUCAAUGCUUGGUUAAUGAACACAUUCCAGAUUAAAGACCAACUGCUCAAUGAUUUCUACUCCAGUGGCCAUUUCCUUAACGAAGGAACAGAAAAAGAGUUCAACACAAAGAAGCACCUCCUAAACUGCUUGGCAGUGGUUGCCUUCACCACCAUCUGUACGCAUCUCACCUUCUUCUCAUCAAUGAUUUGGUUCAAGAUUUAUGUCUCUUUGGUCUGUGCCUACCUGACCACUGCUACACAUUUUAAUCUUCGUUCUGUUCCACUUGUUGAGACUGCAAAAAAAAACCUCAAAUUAGUUUACAAAUAAACUUUCAUUGUUCUCAAUCCAGAUGAUGGAAUCGUUUUACUUGUGUAUUUCGGGGUUGAGAACCAAUCCACUUUCUACUUAUGAAAUGUAAGCUCAAGCUGCAAUAUAUGACUAGCUAUCUAUUUAAGAAUGUCUUCAUACAUUCA